AGGCCCUCCCUGACGUAAGAGGACAUCCGGUCCUGCUCGGUUGUCCGAAACCGGGUCUGACUUCUUCGGUUCUUAGUGGUGUAUUUCCUGGAUUCUACGUCCACGAAUUGAAUUUACGGCUGCGGAGUGCAGGCCUCACGCCAUUCCCUGCUCCUCGGCUCCCGGAGUGGGCCCGGCCUCCCCGCGAGGGUGAGCGAGGUCGGCCUGGAACGCACGCGAGAAAGAGGGAAAAAUGCCUAAGAAAAAGACUGGUGCAAGGAAGAAGGCUGAGAACCGUCGGGAGCGUGAAAAACAAUUGAGAGCUUCAAGGAGCACCAUAGAUUUAGCUAAACACCCAUGUAAUGCCUCAAUGGAAUGUGACAAGUGUCAGAGGCGGCAGAAGAAUAGAGCGUUUUGCUAUUUUUGUAAUUCUGUACAGAAGUUGCCAAUUUGUGCACAGUGUGGGAAAACAAAGUGUAUGAUGAAGUCUUCAGACUGUGUCAUAAAGCAUGCUGGUGUAUAUAGUACUGGCCUUGCAAUGGUGGGUGCAAUAUGUGACUUCUGUGAAGCUUGGGUUUGCCAUGGUAGGAAGUGUCUCAGUACACAUGCCUGUGCCUGCCCUCUCACUGAUGCUGAAUGUGUUGAAUGUGAACGAGGUGUAUGGGACCAUGGAGGCAGGAUAUUCAGUUGUUCUUUUUGCCAUAACUUUCUCUGUGAAGAUGAUCAAUUUGAACAUCAAGCCAGCUGCCAGGUUUUGGAGGCAGAAACAUUUAAAUGUGUUUCAUGCAAUCGGCUUGGUCAGCAUUCCUGUCUCCGUUGUAAGGCUUGUUUCUGUGAUGAUCAUACAAGGAGCAAGGUGUUUAAGCAAGAAAAAGGAAAACAGCCUCCCUGCCCUAAAUGUGGACAUGAAACUCAGGAAACUAAGGAUCUUAGCAUGUCAACACGCUCCCUCAAAUUUGGCAGACAAACGGGAGGUGAAGAGGGAGAUGGAGCUUCUGGGUAUGAUGCCUAUUGGAAGAACCUUUCUUCUGACAAGUAUGGUGAUAGCAGCUACCAGGAUGAGGAGGAGGAUGAGUAUGAAGCAGAGGAUGAUGAAGAGGAAGAAGAUGAAGGUGGAAAGGAUUCAGAUGCUGAGUCAUCAGAUUUGUUUACUAAUCUGAAUUUAGGAAGGACCUAUGCCAGUGGCUAUGCUCACUAUGAGGAACAAGAGAGCUAGGAGAGCUGCUUGCCCACUGGCAGCCCAGCGUUUGAGAGGGGGAGGAAUGUGUGUGCUUGGUGAAUCGUGUGUGGAUGUUCAAAAGUACCGUCACUUAGCCUUGUUUGUGCAAAAGAGUAGUCAUACUUAGUGGGACAAAGAGUGGGGCAUAGUAUUAUUACGGGAACUGAUAAUCAGGCCUAUAGCAUAAGAAAAAUGAUUUUCAAAUAAAAAAUGUUUAUUGAUCUAAGCAAUUUGAAGCAUCAUGAAUAAAGAUUUCAGUAAUCUAGGAAGUUGCCAAUUAGAUACACAUAUAGAAUAAAGGAAUAGAAUGGAAAUAUAUUUGUUUGAAAUUAAAUUGCUGUUUUUGCUGAAAGAAAAUGAAAACACUUUGCUUAUGAAUUCAUUCUGUCUAAUUUUUUAAAAAUGUAAUGGGUAAAAUAGAUUACUGUAUUUUUCCUUUUAUGUUCACAGUAUAAAAGUCAUAUGUUGUUACAUUCUGAAUUUCAUUAAAUAUUCAUGUUAUCUUGAAUAAUCAUGAUAUGUAUAUUUUAGCAAUUGACUCAUUCAUCUUUUUCUUUACAGUAUAUCUCCUGAACAGUACCUAUUAUUAAUUCCUGUAUGUACAGACAAAAGUGACUACUCAGUCAUUUUUCAGCACAAAGUCAGAAAUAGUAUUACACAGAGGCUUUACCUAGGAAAUCUCUUUUUUUUUUGAAUAAAUCUAGUAUUUCGCUUAAAUACUUUUGAUAUUUAAUUUCUUGUCCUCACUUUUUAAAAACUAAUUUUGGAAAAUAUUUAGAUAUUCUUGUAUAUACUAUUUGCUUCACUGUUUGUCUAAUAUGUGAAAUAGGUGGCAGAGAUCAAUAGUGCGGUAGAUACAAAGGUGUGCUGCUCAGACCCCAUCAUUGAUAUUAGGCAAUGUUAGGUGAAGAACACAGUCCCUGCCAUGUGCUCCAGUUGUUACAACUUACACUAGCAAUGGAUUGGGAUGGUAUAGUGGUAGAAGGGGAUGUCUUAGCAGGCUGGUUGGCAUUUGAGAUGUAUGGAAGAAAUUAUACUUACGAGGAUAACAGGAUCUGAUGGCUAUUGCUAAAGCCAUUCUUGUGCAGCAGAAAGAUAAUGAACAGUUGAAGACAACAAUAGGCAAAUAAAAGGUGUGAAAGCCAGAGGGGUCUCUGGUACAUAACAAAAAAGCUGUCAUCUCUUGGAGCAGGAGGAUUGAAAAAAUUGGGGACCAAGUCUGGGACUUAAUAGUCUGAAUGGGUAAACUUCAAAGGCAGUUGCCAACUGAGACAGGUCUAUUACGCCAAGAUCAGAGACUGCUUGGGAAACUAGGAACCCUGAGAAGUGAGAUGAAGAUAUCUGAGUGGAUGUUCUGAAGAUUUUUACUCCCCAAACUCCUGACUUUCUGAGCCUACAGUCAUUGCACAUGCUUCCUUGUUAAGGGCAGGGAUUCUCCACCUUAUCUCCAAGUAGGAAGACAAUGCACAGGCUUCCUUCACCAGGCAGCAUGUGUCCCCUCAGGACCUCCCAGUCUAACACUAGGCCUAAAAUUAGAAUUAAGCAAAACUCAGCUGGGGAGGUACUAGACCUGAAGAGGGAAGUAAGACUGUACCCUAAAGGAGCUAGAUAUUAGCCACAUGUGCUGGCAAGAGGUGAAGAAGUAUGCUUGGGACUGGAGUCUGAUCAAGAGGGCUGGAACAUAAAAUCAGGGGAGAAUUUGAUGUUAGACCCCCCAGAUUGGGUUUUUGGACUGUAAAUUAAGAGCUUUCUUGAGUUAAAGGGUGUAACCCUGGCGAGGAUCACAGGAGAUGGGGUGAAUUCACUAUGAGGAUGGUUUCUUGAAGCAUGAAAAAAGUAACUACUCGCCCCAAGCAAAGUUGAAAUGCCAGGAUUGAUGUG